AUGUUCAGAGCAGGAUUCGGACUUAUUGCUACCAGCCUUUCGCGAUCCCCUCCUGCUGUGGGACGCUCCGCUGCCCGUGCACCAGCUGUGUACCGUACGUGCUUUCCGAAGGGGAAGAUUGCUCCGUCAGCUCGCUUUUAUGCGUCGAUAACGAAAGGUGCCAAUACCUUGGAAAGGGGACUUGCUGCUUUGGAGAAACAUGAUCUCGCAGAAGCUGUUACGCUGUUUGAUCAGGCUAUCACGGAAAACCCCACAGAGGCAGCUCAGGCUUACGUCCUCCUAGGUGAAGCUCAUUGGUUUGCCGGGGAGAAAACACUUGCCUCCUUGGCCUGGGAGGAAGCAUUGAGAUCGCCUGAUAUCGCCCCUGUGGAAGCAAUGGCUACUCAUUGCAAUCUCGGGGGGUAUCACCUUCUCGAUCAGCGGCCGGAACUGGCAAAGAAGCACUACAAUGCGGCCGUUGAGCUAGACGUUGGACGACAGGAUGGAGAGAUCAGGUUCAAUCUUGGAGUUUGUUUGGAGCGGAUGGGAGAUCUUGAGGGUGCUAUCAAAUAUUAUGGUGAAGCAAAGGAGCUGGGUGUGGAGAAAGCUGCGCAGUUCCUCAUCAACGCUGGUGCGAAGAACCUUGCUGCCAAAGGGAAGAAGGAGCAAUGA